CAUUACGCUGAGGCCAAGAGUAUGUGACUCACCCAAGGUCACCUAGUGGGGUGCAAAUGGCAGAGAUGAGCUUGGUCAUACUCAAACCUUGGUUCCUGCCUUUCUUUCUCCAGUCUUGAACUUUCCACUUAACCAUACAAUUCUCAGAAGUCCAUAGCCUGGAGCCAGGGCAGUUGAAGCAGGGCCAAACCGGAUUAUUGCUGCAGUGCGGAUGGGCAGCCUAGAUCUAGAGCACACUUCAGAAAUGAUGCAGUUUGAGACUGCUGUGACUGGCCUGGCUCAGUGCUAGGGACUUCUGGGAAUUGGGAAUUUAUUCUGGCAGCAGGGCUCUCUGACAGAGAAUGCUAAAUGCCUCCCAAACCAACUUCUUAGCAUUGAGCUGGGGCAGUUAAAGCAGUCUUAAAGUGGAUUAUUUCUUCAGUGUGGAUGGGAAGCCUAGGUCCCAAAGCACAGUGCAGAAAUUAUGCAGUUUGAUACCGCUUUGACUGCCCUGGCUCAAGGAGUUGGGGGUAAUUCUGGCACCAGAGGAGGCCAAACGCCUCCCAAAACGAAUUCCCUAGCAUUGAGCCAGGGCAGCUAAAGCGGGUUAUCCCUGCAGAGUGCGGAUGGGGGCAGCCUGGCUAGACCUCUGGGUGACCCUUCCUGCUGGGGCGAGGGCGGGGACUCUGGGAAGCAUGGCUGGAACAGCCAGCAGCGCCUGGCCCUCUUCCUGCUCCUGCUGCUGCUGCUGCUGCUCUUGAGGACAAGUGUCCCUCGGAGGGGCCUGAGGGGAGGAGCAGGCUCUCUCUCUCUGCGCCGCAGCCCCUCCCUCCUCUGGGCAGGACUCGGGGGGAGCCUGCUUCCCGCUCAGUCAGUCAGUCGGAGGAGGAAGAGGAGAGGCUCCUCGUCCCCUUCGCCAUGGCUCCGGCUGCUUGAGACAAGGGGCGUCCGGAGAAGAUGCUGCCGCCACUGCAGCAGCCUCGCCUGGCAGGCUGGGACCGGGGCCGGGUGGGCGAGAGGCUCCAAGCCGCCUUGGCGGGGCUCCAGGAGCUGAAGGUGCUGCGGGAGAGGCAGGCCCAGAGGGUCCGGGGGGCGCUGGCCAUGGAGACGACCCCCGAGACCCCCAGGCCAAGCAAGGAGAGGCGCCUGGAAGCCACCCUCGCCGCCCUCAAGGAGCAGCUGUCACGUCUGAGGAGACAAGAUGUUGGACUGAAAAGCCAUCUGGAUCAGCUGGACCAACAGAUUAGUGAACUGAAGCUGGAUGUAAGCAAAACUUCCAUUGAGUACCUUGACAGUGACAGCAGACCUAGUUCAGGUUUUUAUGAUCUCAGUGAUGCUGGCUCUUGCUCCUUAUCCAACUCCUGUACAUCAGUCUUCAGUGAAUCCAUCUUUUCCUCCCAUGCCAGUCUAUUGCCAAAUUCUUCUCAGCACCCAAAAAAACCACUCAGCAUCGUUGAUUACCGUCCCAAAUCUGCAGAUGAAACCACAGUAAACAACCAGUUCCAACAGCAAGGAGCCUACACCAGUGAUGGAUGCCGAAUCAAAGUUUGCCCUGAUGUUUCAGGGUCUCCUAAGUCCAGGCCAAGACCUGUUUCCACAGGUGACCUUGAAAGACUAACCGUUGGAGAUGUGGGAUUUCCUAAAGCAACUGACCCCAAAUUCUCUCCUCUGCUUUGUCCAGGAGAAGAUAACCAGAUCUAUUGUGUGGACCCCAAAUACCAGAGUGACUUGGUCUCUAAGAGUGGGAAUGAUGUAUAUCCUUACCCAAGCCCCCUUCAUGCUGUGGCUUUACAGAGUCCACUUUUUUCCCUGACAGGGCCAUCAUCAGAAACUGAACGCCAUCCGUUGCCUAACAAAGUUGUACCUAAUGUUGUUGGGCCCAGUUUGAUUAGGACUCGGCCAGUCAGAGAGUCCAGGCCAGGGGGUUACAUCAACAAACUGCUCCAGCUGACACGCUACAGAGGAAACAAUCAGGCGGACGCCAGUGAGAGGUGUCCAACAAAGAGCCAGCCAUUGACAAUGCUCCAGAGACUCAUUAUAAUCCCCAGUGCUGGUGGAGUGAAAAUUAACAGCAGUGGCAGCCAGCUGGAAAAACAAGAGAGCUCACCACAUAGUAACAAAGCCAAGGGGAAACCGCAGAGGGAGAUGCCUGAGGGGGAAUGUGCCAAACAGCAGGGGACUCUGGACUGUGUGAAUGUAGAGCAGACAGCCACCGUGGUUCAUGCAGAGUCUUCCUUGGCUGUGAAUGGCGGUUACUCUGCCAAGUCAUCUGUGAGGGACUCUCCUGUGACAGAAGCUGGGGAAAGCUAUCUGGAACGCAGCUCUUCCAGCUCACAGCUCGGAACAGAGGAUUCUAGCCUGAGCCCCACAAAUGCUCAUAUGGCCCCAGUCAAGAAAUCUCACAAGAAGUAUGCCAAUGCCAUCAAGGCAGGAGGUCAUGAUUUUAUGCCUCAGGGAGGAUUCGUUCAUGCAAAGUUUGUCCCUGCAGAGUCCCAUCAAGUCAAAGUGAGGUUUGCUAACUCUAAAUUGAAGCCUGUGAAGGUAAAGAGGAGAAACAGUGAGAAGGCACUGAGGCCUGGGAAACAGACUUUUUAUGCAGAGAAAUCAAGGGGGCUUCACCACCCUGCUGCCAAGCUGCCUGUGGAGUGGAAUCUAUCUCAGAGACAGCUGAGAGAAAGGAACCUCAUUAGGAGGCCUACAUUUUCUGGGGAAACCACAGUUAGAUCUUGCUCAGAGUCCAGCCUGUACCCUGUGCCAUUCAGACUCCCCCAAGGACCCUCUGGGCCUGAACUGUAUCAAGCAUCUGCCAAUACCAUGUAUUCUCUUGAAGCAGCUUAUAUAGACACAGCCACCAAGAAAAAGCAUCGCAAAUGGCAGUCCACGGUGGAAAUCUCAGCAAAAACCCAUGUUGCUAGUCUAUCUAGCAGCUUUGCCUUGGGCCCACCAAGACCGCAAGGAAGGAGAGCAGGGAUUAUGCGUGCUGUAACCAUGAGGGCACGUUCAAAGAACCGCCACCCCUUUCGUCCUGGAAUGUAUGCCAAAAGUGAAUCUGACCACUCAGAGUACUCUGCUGAAUGCGCUUCACUUUUCCACUCCACCAUUGCUGAGACCAGUGAAGGAGAGGUCAGUGACUAUACAGCCAAUCGCUUUGGGGAUAGCGAGUCCAGUGACAGUGAUUCUGAGGGCAGCAGCCUGACUAUUGACUAUGAGGAGGAGGCAGAUGAGCACGAACUGAUCUGGUCUGACUCAUCUGUCAGGCAACUAGAAGCCACUCACACCUCCUCCAAGCCUCUUCCAUCCAUGCCCAAACUCUGCCGCAUCAAAGCUUCAAAGGCCCUCAAGAAGAAGAUUAGGAGAUUCCAACCUGCCUCUCUGAAAGUGAUGACUAUGGUUUAAAACUGAGAAUCAGUCUUAUUUUGUCAGCUGACUCUGUCUCAAUUUGCAAAAGAAAGGAGAAUGGAUACUUAAAAGGAUUUUGUUAAAUGAAAUGGAAUUAAACUUCCUCUAACUCCCAGAUCUUCAGGCAAGGGUUUUAUUGUUGUUCAUUUGCAAAUGCCUGUGUAAAUUACACUAACUUCCCUUUUCUAUUCUGUAAAUGUGUGUUCUUGUGGCUUUAUAUCUCUCAUCCUUCCCAUCCCAUACUUCUAGUUAUUAAGAUAUUAAGGGUUCAGAUGAUAUGUGUGCUGCCAGUCUAAUGGAUAUUUUUGAGACAUGGAUGUGCAACCCAUAAAGUAUGAAAAAUUUCCCAACUUGCAAGGAGUUGGAGUGGAUUGGUUUAUUUUAUUUUAUUUUGCUAAGGGUGCAGUUGGAUCUCUUCAAAUUCAGAGACAUUCAUUACAUUCUCAGUGCCCUUAAAAACUCACAUUCUCUGUCAUCCUAGUUGCCCAUUGUAAGUAAUACUCAACAAGUCUUGAUUUAUUUCAUCAGUUUUCUUUGAGUGGUGUCAUUUAUUUACCAAGGAGGCCUACCAUCAGAGUAGUACCAUCUGGUACUACUACUACUUCCCACUUGCAAAUUAAGGAAUUUUCAAGCCUGACUAAUACUACUGUAAUCUUUUUAUAUGAAGAUGUUUGUGGUGUUGCUAUUGUUGUUGUUUUUGAAUAGGUAAACUGCAUUCCAGACAGUGGGUCACAAUGCAUUUAUAGCUGUGGCUGAAAACAUAGUAGCACUGCUCAGAUUUUAUUGCAGGCUCAAUAAAAUGUUAAGUUGGUGAACCCAGCUGUAAAA